UCCAGACGAUGAGGAAGAGGAAGAAGAUGACCAGGAAGAGGAGCAGAAUUCGGGCCCUCGUGUGUAUAUUGGAGACGUGCCUUCUGUCACGGUCAUCCCAAAACUGGUACCCCAGGUCCUGCCGGAGGAGCAGGAAGGGGAUGAAGGGAUGAGCGACUCGGACUCGGAGGGGCCCAUCCUGUACAAAGAUGACGAGGAUGAAGAAGAUGAUGAAAGCCAUAACAGCACGCUGGCUAACAAAGUGAAGAGGAAAGACACACUAGCUAUAAAGCUGGGGAACACAACCACGCCGCAGGAGGAGAAGAUCGUCUUCCCUAGGAAGAGCAAGGAGGAGUGGAACGAAAUUCGGCAUCAGAUUGGGACGACGCUGAUCAGGCGACUGAGUCAGAGACCCACAGCAGAAGAACUGGAGCAGAGGAACAUCCUCCAACCGAAAAAUGAAGCUGACCGUCAAGCUGAGAAGCGAGAGAUCAAACGCAGGCUCACCAGAAAGCUUAGCCAAAGGCCUACAGUGGCCGAGCUGCAGGCCAGGAAGAUCCUGAGGUUUAACGAAUACGUGGAAGUAACAGAUGCUCAGGACUACGACCGGCGAGCGGAUAAACCAUGGACAAAGCUAACGCCAGCUGACAAGGCUGCCAUCCGGAAGGAGCUGAAUGAGUUUAAGAGCUGUGAAAUGGAAGUCCAUGAGGACAGCAAGCAGUUCACGAGGUACCAUCGACCAUAAUCUUCCAAGAAGGGAGCAAGAGACCCGAGAGGACUGGAAGUUCUCUGCGUCCCUCCUAGGCAAUACAGCGAGGGUGGAACCUCGGCUCUUCCAAGAUUUGCCUUCAGAACAUAUCCAGAAAAGGGCUUUCGGCCAGGGAAAGGGGAAUCCUGUCUGAAUGUAGCAUUUCACUGGAACAAACCCGUCUCGAGUGCCAUCAGGCUGGAACCGAACACUAUACCUCGCGCGGCUGAGCGAUACGCCUCUGCUCCGGCCCCAGCAUCCCUGCCGGGAGCACGUGUGAGCGAACCCCAGCUCCCCGCCUGAGCCCCGACAGGCCCAGUUCUCAGCUGUACAUACUCCUUUUGGGGGUGCAACUCCUUCCUUUCCUCCUCCUCACCGAAAGGGGGAGGGAAAACAGGCAGCUGGAGUGUUGGAAAGCUGAGGAAGGG